AAAACGUCAGCAACCAAACUAGCUUCUCAACACAUGAACAGCAUGACCAAGGACUUCAAGUCUAAGACUCAGCAAUUCGUUCAAGACAUUAUGAGCGAUGUUAGCAAAAAGCAGCAGCAAACAUCCAAUGCGAAAACGGAAACUGAUGGAGAUGCCCAAGUUUACCGAGAAGAGUCGAGAGCCAUGAGCCAUGGAACAAAACACGUGGAUCCAGAUACAGGACUAAUUUAUUUCAAAUACGAUUUCGGCUACGAGUUCGGAAUUGUUUUACCGGGAGAAUCAAAGUCUGGGGGAAUUCCAGUGCCAAAGAAGACAGUGAUCGAACCUCCUAAAAGAACCGUGGACAUUGACAUGCCUGUUUACCACGAAACAUCAAACUUGAAUAACGUAAACAGCUCGAAUUCGGCCCCAACGCCGCAAUUCAAACCGAAAAAAUUCACAAACAAAUGGGAUCCGACUUCGGAGAGUGAAAUGUCAGAAUACGAAGGCGACUCCAAGAGGAAAUCUGGAUUGUCUCAAGGUUCGCGAUGGGAACCGUCGUCGUGUAGUCCGUACUCGCUGUCUCCUAGUCUGCCUAGUACUUCUCCUGCUUUUAAUCAUACUUAUGCAGAUCGGGUUGGCGCGCAGACUCCACCCAGUCGCCCAAAUACCCCCGGUGCGAAUAAAUUUAUUAUCCAACCUGGACAACCAAGACCGCCAUUAUUUAUAACGCCUUUACGUGAUAUUGCAGUUGUUAGUGGCCAAACAGCCAAAUUCGAGUGUAUAGUUCAGUCGGAACCACCCCCUAAUAUUUUAUGGUCGCAGAACGGGAGAAUCCUGGAGAACUCAAACGAUCACCAAAUCCACUUUAGGAAUGGUGUUUGCCGCCUAAUUAUUAAGCAGGCGUACCCAGAAGAUGCUGGCACUUACGCCUGUACAGCAACAAACCCAGUCGGUAGUACCAACACAACAGCUACCCUACAAGUACCAGGUGAGAGACGGUCUCAAUAUCUUAAGUAGUUUUGGAACCAAAUGCUGGUGGUGGUUUUAACUCAACUCUAACGCACGAUUCAAAGAUUUUUUCAAAGAAAAGUUUCGAACAAUCUAGCUCACUGCCGUCAAAUGGAUAACUUCCAGGAAAAUACAUUAUUUUCUGUUUCCUAUUUAAAGUGUUUGCUUUUAACGAACUUCCGACGCGUGCAAAAUAUUUAUUCAUUGUGCUGUAUAGAUUUAGAUUCAGAAUAAGUUUACAAUUUAUUUAUCGAGCGCAUUUUAGUCAUAUUGAAUUUCAUUCUGGUCAUUACUCGUUAGUUUUACUGUUCAUAUUUUUUAGUGUAUCAUGCGUUUCAGUUUAUCCGAUGUCUAGCAAUUAGAUAUAAAUGUAUCAUUUUGAAUUAAAGCUUUUUGCAGAAUAA